GUAUCUGCUAUCCGCAGAAGCUGAAUGGGGCUUCCCUUCUAUCCCAACAAAAGGAUUCAGGAUUCAGGAUUCAGGACAGGAGGAGGACAAACAAGGUUCUUGCUUGAAAUGGGGGUACUUUUCUUUGAAGAACUUACGAUGGAGUGAUACAUUGGAGAAAGACAAAAUUUUCUGGUAGACAUAAUAGGAAUUGCCCUGCUUGGACAAACCUGGUAAGAGGAAAAACAUUCCUUCCUAUUAGGUUUUGAGGAAGUACCAGAAUCAGGGUAGCCAUGGAUGAUGCUUAAUUCCUUUCAGUUAUGUAUUCAUGGUUUUCUUGUUACCAUCAGCGUUGAAGAUUGGAAAAUGGGGUUGAGCUAAAACAAUGAAAUUUGAUCUGAAAC